AGUCUUGCAUCGGAGAAAUCACUUUUCUGGGCUCGGCUUCAAAUUCACGUAUUGCUAAUCAGGCUUUCCUUGCUGGACCUCAAGUUUACACCAAAUUAUCCCCGUCCACACUGUUUCAUGGCGGUCAUGGAGCACCUCACAGCCAUGGUGGCCUGGCCACCCGCGGUCACCAAAGAGGACAUGAUCUGGCUCAUGAGCGCUUUCUUGUCUGGUGACUAUUUUCUGCUGUAUGAAUUAUGGCUGAUAUUUUAUGCUCCAUCUACCGUCUGGACUGCAACUGCAACUCUAUUUCCUUAUGCGGCAUCAACUGUAUCAGCAUCAACAUCAACAUUCUCAUACGUGCGAUGUAGUCCGACAUCUGUUUUGCCAUAUUCGAGCGAACACGGCCACUGAGAUUCGUCUUUCUACAUAUACUAUUUCUUUCUGCAUUUCUUAGGCUUUGGCCAUACUUUGCCUGUGUUGCCCAUGUUGCCUGUGUUCUCUUGUUGCCGAUGUUGCUGAUGUUGCCUUUGUUUCUCGUGUUGCCGGUGUUGCCAUGUUGCCGGUGUUGCUCAUGUUGCCGAUGUUG